AUGGAUCAGAGAGAGGAUGCCUACACAACCACCAACCCCCACAAAGCUCAGAGACCUGCUCCUGGGACCAGCGCCGUCUCAUUGAAGAGUGAUGACUCAAUGGAACAUGUCAUAAAUUUUAAACGCGACAUACGUCCAAAUAAGAAACAACAGUAUUCAGGGGACCAGAGAGAUCAACAACAGUCGCAGCUAGACUCCAUAUUUAAGACUCUGGAGGAGGACAUCUUCACUUUUGUACAGAAGGAGCUGAAGAAGUUUCACAAGAUUUUGAGUACAGAUUACCCACAAUGCUUACAACAUGUACAGAAUGAGGAUGAAGAGCAGAGGAGCAGCAGUGAGGCUGUUCUGAAGAUUACACUGAACUUCCUGAGGAGGAUGAAGCAGAAAGAGCUGGCUGAGCAUCUGUGGAGCAGGAGCUAUUCUGGAGUUUGUGAGGAUAAACUGAAGUCUAACCUACAGCAGAAGUUUAAGUGUGUGUUUGAGGGCAUCGCUAAAGCAGGACACCCCACCCCUUUGAAUCAGAUCUACACAGAGCUCUACAUCACAGAGGGAGGGCCUUCAGAAGUUAACCAGGAACAUGAGGUAAGACACAUGGAAACAGCCUCCAGGACACCAGGCCCAGCAGAGACAACCAUCACAUGUGAAGACAUCUUUAAAGGCUCAGCUCACACACACGGACCAAUCCGAACAGUACUGACAAAGGGAGUGGCUGGCAUCGGGAAAACAGUGCUCACUCAGAAGUUUAGUCUGGACUGGGCUGAAGGCAACGCAAACCAGGACAUACAGCUGCUGUUUCCGUUCACUUUUAGAACACUCAAUGUGCUUAAGGAGAGAAGUUUCAGCUUGGUGACACUUGUUCAUCACUUCUUUAGUCAAACACAAGCAGAACUCUGCAGCUUUGAAGAUCUCCAGGUGCUCUUCAUCUUUGACGGUCUGGACGAGUGCAGACUUCCUCUGGACUUCACCAAAACAAGGGCCCUAAAUGACCCAACAGAGUCCGCCUCAGUGCACGUGCUGCUGGUGAACCUCAUCAGGGGGAGCCUGCUUCCCUCCGCUCGCCUCUGGAUAACCACACGACCUGCGGCAGCCAAUCAGAUCCCUGCUGAAUGCAUCUCCAUGGUGACAGAGGUCAGAGGGUUCACCGACCCACAAAAGGAGCAGUACUUCAGGAAGAGGUUCAGAGAUGAGGCUGACACAAUCAUCUACCACAUCAAGACAUCCAGAAGCCUCCACAUCAUGUGCUACAUGCCGAUCUUCUGCUGGAUCGCUGCCACAGUCCUGGAGCAUGUGUUGAAAUACAAAGAGAGAGGAGAGCUGCCCAAGACCCUGACUCAGAUGUACAUUCACUUCCUGGUGGUUCAAGCCAAAAUCAAGAACAUCAAGUAUGAAGGAGGAUCUGAGACAGACCCACAUUGGAGUCCAGAGACGAGGAAGAUGGUAGAGUCUCUGGGAAAACUGGCCUUUGAGCAGCUGCAGAAAGGAAACCUGAUCUUCUACGAGAGUGACCUGAACGAGUGUGGGCUGGACGUGGCAGCAGCCUCAGUGUACUCUGGAGUAUUCACACAGGUCUUUAGAGAGGAGCCAGGCCUGUACCAGGAGAAGGUUUACUGCUUCAUCCAUCUGAGUGUGCAGGAGUUUCUGGCUGCUCUUCACGUCCAUCAGACUUUCAUCAACACUGGGAUCAACUUACUGGUAGAGCAAAAAUCUGUGUUUUCCUUCUUAAAGCAUCUAAUCUUUGGCAGCAGUUUGUCUGAAUUUUACCAGACAACUAUAGACAAAGCAUUACAAAGUCCAAAAGGACAUCUGGAGAUGUUUCUGCGCUUCCUCCUGGGUCUUUCCCUGUCGACCAAUCAGAUCCUUCUACAAGGUCUGCUGAAACACACAGGAAAUAGAUCCCAGACCAAUCAGGAAGCAGCUGAGUACAUCAAAAAGAAACUGAGCGACGAUGUGUCUGCAGAGAGCAGCAUCAACCUGCUCCACUGUCUGAAUGAACUAAAUGAGCGUUCUUUGGUGGAGCAGAUCCAACAGUAUCUGAGUUCAGAACGUCUGUCUGAAGGACUGUCUCCUGCUCAGUGGUCAGCUCUUGCCUUCAUAUUACUGUCAUCAGAAGUAGAUCUGGACCAGUUUGAGCUGAAAAAAUACUCUGCUUCAGAGGAGGCUCUCCUGAGGCUGCUGCCAGUGGUCAAAGCCUCCAACAAAGCUCUACUGAGCUGCUGUAACCUGUCAGAGAGAAGCUGUGAAGCUCUGUCCUCAGUCCUCAGCUCCCAGUCUUGUAAUCUAAGAGUCCUGGACCUCAGUCACAACGACUUGAAGGACUCAGGGAUGAAGAUGUUGUCGAUUGGACUGAGCAGUCCUCACUGUAAACUGGAACAGCUCAGACUGUCAGGUUGUCUGGUCUCAGAGGAAGGCGUUGCUGCUCUGGCCGCGGCUCUGAGGUCCAAUCCCUCCCAUCUGAGAGAACUGGACUUCAGCUACAACCAUCCAGGAGACACAGGAGUAAAGCUCCUGUCUGCUCUGCAGGAGGACUCCUUCUGCACACUGGACACUCUCAGAUUGAAGCCUGCUGGAGCCUGGUGCCUCAGUUCACCGAGAAGAUAUUUCUGUGAACUCUUUCUGGAUCCAAACACAGCUCACAGAAACCUCAAACUGUCUGACAACAACAAGAAGGUGACACGUGUGAUAGAAGAACAGCCGUAUCCAGACCAUCAGGACAGAUUUGAGACCUGGGUUCAGAUUCUCUGUUCCACUGUUCUGACUGGUCGCUGUUACUGGGAGCUCCAGUGGAGUGGAAGGGUUUAUAUCUCAGUGUCUUACAGAGGAAUCACAAGGAAAGGACACGGUGACAGUGCAUUUGGAGGCAAUGAUCAGUCCUGGUGUCUGGUCUGCUCUGAAAAGGGGUUCUCUGUUUGGCACAAUAACAAAGAAACCCCUCUCCCUCAGCCCACGUCCUCCUCUUCUGGGAGAGUAGCAGUGUUUGUGGACUGUCCUGCCGGCUCUCUGUCCUUCUACACAGUCUCCUCUGACCACCUGACCCACCUCCACACCUUCGACGCCACAUUCACCCAGCCUCUGCUCUCUGGGUUUAUGAUCUGGCCCGUCUCCUCAGUUUCUCUGUGCACUUCCUCUGACUUAUGACACUUUAGCAGCGGUUUGAUAAAUCAGAGACUACACACACUCACUUCAUAUUGUCUCAUUCUAUAUUAUAUUUAACAACCACAUGAUAAUCAAACAUGUAAUAGUCAUGAACCAUUGCGUGAUGAAAUGUUGCUCCGUGUGUGGAAUAUUAUGUUGAAUUUUUAUUUUGUUAAUUUAUUGUUACACAACUUGGAACCAUCCAAGUUCGCUCAGCAAAACUAAAGAGUGAAAACAGUUCUUUCUGUAAUCCAUGAA